AUGGUUGUUGAUUUAGGCAAAAAAAUUUGCACAUGCAUGCCAUGUGUCCAUGCUUGUGCUGCCAUUUCUAGAUUGAAUGGUGAUCCUGAAGACUACUGCCACUCUUGGGGUGGAGAUGGUGCCUCCAAUCAAGGGACUCCUUUGGAGACUCUUAUUGAUAAUGCUAAAAAUGCUAUUACUAAUGAUGCUCCUAAAGAUGUUGCCACUCCUUCAGAGAUUGUGCUAAUCCAACCACUUGACUCACAACCAAAAGAUGGAGAUCAAGGGUCAUAUCACUGCGACACUGCCAUUGUCCAUUGCCAGUCUCUAGUGAAGUCAAGUGCUCGUAAUGAUGGAAAAAAUGCAUUUUCAGAGUUAGAAUUUAGUAACUGGAAGAAAGUAAAUAAUGGGAUAAAUUGUGCAUUUGUAUGUCACGAGGGUUCUAUUCCUAAUUCUCCCCAUAAUUUAUGUGUGAAAUCUUGUGAUGAUUUAAUGGCUCAAUCUAAGCAUAUAGACAAAAUUCUUGAUAGGCAUAGUAAUGAAACUAUUGCAAAUAACCGUUUAAGGUUGAAGACAUCUAUUAAUGCUAUUCGAUGGCUUGCAUUUCAAGUAUGUGCAUUUAGAGGCGAUGAUGAAAGUCCUGGAUCUUUGAAUAGGGAGAAUUUUAUUGAGUUAAUUAAGCUUUUAGCUUCCUGUAAUCAGAAUGUUCAUAAUGUUGUCCUUGAAAAUGCUCCUGGAAAUGCUCAAUAUAUAUCUCUCAGUGUUCAAAAAGAUAUAUUGUAUAUCUUUUCUAGAAAAGUGCGUGCAACAAUUCGAGAAAAAAAUGGUGAUUCUAAAUUUUGUAUAAUUAUUGAUGAAGCAAGAGAUGAGUCAAAGCGAGAACAAAUGUACGUGGUUUUGAGAUUUGUAGACAAGCACGGUUGUGUUCAAGAAAGAUUUUUUGAUCUUAUACAUGUUUCUGAUACAUGUUCUUUGACAUUGAAAACAGAAAUUUCAUCAGUUCUUUCUCGUCAUAAUCUUGAUGUCCAAAAUCUUAGGGGACAAGGGUACGAUGGAGCUAGUAAUAUGCGUGGUGAAUGGAGAUUGCAAGCUCUAUUUUUGAAAGAUUGCCUUUUUGCUUAUUACAUUCAUUGUCUUGCUCAUCGAUUACAAUUAGCACUUGUUUCUGCAGCCAAAGAAGUUUGUUAUGUUCAUCAAUUCUUUUCAAAACUUACACUAAUUGUGAAUGUUGUGACUGUUUCUCCUAAACGUCAUGAUCAGUUAAGGGUUGCUCAAGCAAAUAAUGUUGCAAACUUAAUUGCCAAUGAUCAAAUUGUGACAGGUAGUGGACUUAAUCAAAUUGGUACUUUGCAAAGAGCUAGAGAUACUAGAUGGGGGUCUCAUUUGAAUUCUGUACAUAGCUUGUUAUGCAUGUUUGAUGCUACUUGUGAAGUUCUUGAAAAAAACACCGAAAAAGGUAAUUUCUCCACUCGUGGUGAUGCUAGUGCUGCUUAUGAUGCUAUCACAUCCUUUGAAUUUGUCUUUGUUUUGCAUUUGAAGAGAAAUAUUUUGGAAGUUAGUCAUGAUCUUUGUCAAGCUUUGCAAUGA